AUGGAACCCCGCACCGGUUACCGGUGUCUGCUCCCCGAACCCCCACGGUACCGAGCGACCCGCACCGGUUACCGGUGUCUGCCCCCCGAACCCACACGGUACCGGGCUCCGGCAGCCGCCCCUCCCGCGGCAUCCCCGGCGCGGCUGCGGAGCCCCGGGGCCAUCACCCCAUAUCAGAGCCCCCCGGGGCCACCACCCCAUCAUCAGCGCCCCCCGGGGCCAGCACCCCAUCAUCAGUGCCCCCCGGGCCAUCACCCCAUCAUCAGAGCCCCCCGGGGCCAGCACUCCAUCAUCAGAGCCCCCCCGGGCCAUCACCCCAUCAUCAGCGCCCCCCGGGGCCAGCACCCCAUCAUCAGAGCCCCCCGGGCCAUCACCCCAUCAUCAGAGCCCCCCGGGGCCACCACCCCAUCAUCAGCGCCCCCCGGGGCCCCUCGCCCCAUCAGGGGCUGGAAACGGAGCGGAACCGAGCAGAGAACAGGGCCGGGAGCAGCGGGACCGGCGGGGGAAGCUGCGGAGCGGGCCGGGAGCAGCGGGGCCGGGAGCAAAGGAUCGCGGAGCAUUGGUUCGGGGAGCAGCGGGGCCGGGGAGCCGCGGUUCGGAGAGCAGCGGGGCCGGGAGCAGCGGGGCCGGGAGCAUCGGUUCGGGGAGCAGCGGGGCCGGCAGCACCGGAUCGCGGAGCAUCGGUUCGGGGAGCAGCGGGGCCGGGAGCACCGGAUCGCGGAGCAUCGGUUCGGGGAGCAGCGGGGCCGGGGCGCUGCCGCCGGCGGAGGUCGCGAUCGCGGGCACAGCGACAGCCCCGCCGCGGCCGCCCCUGUGCCCAUCCCCGGGCCGCAGGCGGCACCGUUUUGUGUGCAAUCUGGGCUGUUCGGUGCCGUUGUGCCACCCUCGCUCCAGGAGCGGCUGGGAACAGCGGGCAGCCCCGGGCGUGGCGCUGGGGAUCUCCGUGCGGGCACCCCUCGGUGUCCAUCCUCGGUGUCCGCACAGGCACACGGUGUUCCGCAUUUCUGCACACGAAGGGGGGUCGGGCACGGGAAGGGCUGCCCGGGGAGCUGGCGGAGUCUCCGUGCCCCGAGGUGUUUAGGGAAUGCGCUCGGUGCCAUGCUCCGGUUGACGUGGUGGUGUUAUGUCACAGGAUGGACUCGGGGAUCUCAGAGGGCUUUUCCAACCUAACCGAUUCUGUGAUUUGUUUCAGCCACUCCUGGGAAUGGCUAUUUGCUUUUUAAAGACUCAUUUGUUUACCGAAAUAAACCUGGGAAGUACA